ACUGGAGACUGUACAUCAGUUAGUUAGAUUCUACACAAACACAACACCAACAUGAAAGUGGUCAUUUUAUUAUUUGCGUUAUUUGCAAUUGCAAGUGCGAGGCCCAAUCCCCAAAUAAUCCCAAAGAUUAUAAACUACGUAUCGGAAAGCAUUGGACUUGGAGGUUACCGAUACGCUUUCGAGACUGACGAUGGAACAAAAAAGGAGGAAGUCGCUGAGAUUGUUAACGAGGGUCGCGAUGAUGAAUCGCUGAAGGUGAAGGGAUCUUAUUCAUACGUUGGAGACGAUGGUCAAACCUACACCGUGGAAUACAUAGCCGAUGAAAAUGGUUUCCAACCAAAGGGUGAACAUAUACCGGCAUCUGCUGGGGUCCAGAAACCACAACUCGGUGUACCCUCAGCGGCGUUGGCUUCCCUCGCCGGUGGCGGCAUUGGAAAGUAAAUAAACCGUCUGGAUUUUUUUUAAUACCACCUACGUUUUUUGGUAAAUAUUUGCUUAUCAAAUUUAGUGUAAACUUAACAUGAAUACGACUACUAAAUAUUUUAGAGAUCGAUCAUCAAACAAACGUACUGUACAUACUUGUAAAUAAAAACACU